AUGGAAAAUCAGAACAGAGCUGCUACGCUCCAUAAGUCAUUGGGUUCCUCUAACAACAUGGAUUCAGGAAAAGAAGUGCCAACUCAAGUUAUAUUUAUGGAUACGCAUGAUUUGCCACCUAGGACUGAUACACAUCCCGCAUCUUCCGGCUACUAUCAAGUGGCGACACCCAAGUCUCCUCACGAGCUCAUUUUAGAUGAUCAGGACAUGGCCCUAGCGAGCCAUGGAAACUUGCACAACCCUGGUGACCGUGGUCAUGACGGUUGUGGGAGCUCCGUAUUGGGGAGAUUAGCAGGCGAAAGCGAAGAAACAGAGAGAUUGAAAUAUGAGACUGCCAAGAGCGAGAUCUUAGAGAAACUACAUCUACAAACUCUUAUUAGUCACAAGGAAACACAAAGGAUCGAGCGUGAAAUCAAGAGGGUGGACGCCCAAAUGAAACUUUUGGAAACACUUCAUGAUGACAAGGAGUUGUUAUCCAAAAUUGAAGAACAUCAUGAGCGACUGAAUAAUGAAGCAAAGAGACAAAUGUCGGGAGCAGACGCAAUAUAUAGUUCAUCGGGGUACGUGGCGGAUAGCUCAUCAAUGUCAUCUUUUGCAAACUAUUCCAUGAACUCACCGCUCUCCGCUAGCAGCACAAUACCAACGCAUCACUAUCAUACAAGAAGCAAGAGUAGUGGAAACGUGGCAGAAGUUCCUCACUUGCGACCUGCUAAUUCGGCUAUCAUCGACCUGAGAUUAGCUGGCUCGAAAUCCAUACCGUCAAUUACAGACUCUAACUCCAACCCUGACGUCCACGCUUUCAGACCGAACCAGAUGAACUUGCAUCACAGAAGGAAUUACAGCAGCACUUGCUUGACAAGUAAUAGCGGUGUUGUCGGCAAAACUGAGAACAACGAAGCCAUAUUUAGGAGAUAUGACGGUAUAUUAGUUGUCAUUAACUGUUCGUUCUGCACAAGAAGCGGAUUCACAUCAGCACAAGGUAUCGUGAAUCAUGUGAGAUUAAAGCAUGGUAAGACUUACUCCAGCCAGCCGCUUGCCGUGCUGAACAAUCAGAAAAUACUUGAAGACAGCAAGCAGGAUCCUAAAGUGCUUGAGAAGUUCAAAGAGAUGGGAAUGGAUCCACUCAAGGAAUAUCUUCCCUCUGAAAUAGCAAUACCAUUUUCCGCACCGAAAACUAGCCAUAGAGAGCCAAGUCCUAAGGACGCAGGAAUAAGGAGCGAACAUGCACCUGAAAAAGUCAAUAAACCUCGCGCCACGAAACACUUGGAGAAACUGUACAACAAGGAAGAUUUCAAAGAUCUGGUAGAAAUGGUAAAAGACGCUUCCAAAGAUCUGGAGGAAGUCCUUAAACAACCUAGUCCCGACAACAGUGAUAGCGAAGAAGUCGAAAAUAGCAAAAAACUGGAAUCAGAGGCAGAUUGUGCAGACGCAUCACCUGCUGUUGGCGAAACGCCCAGUUCUGACUCAUCUUUCAAGCCGCAAUCGGCUCAUUCAAGUUCCUCUCAGGUCAAAAUCGAAAAUAAUGAAGAAGUAUCCACACCAACCCCAUCGCCACCAGUAAAGGAAACUAUAGCGCUCAGGAAAAGCCAAAGAAAGCGCAAGGAUGAGGAACGAGACUUCGAGAAAGACCUGAAGGAGAGGCAACGUCCAGCAGAGAAGAAGGUUCGACCUGACGUGCUGGCUCUGCAGACCGUCCCAGAGCAUGAAAAAAGAUCUUCGCACUACAAUCUGCGAGCCAAAUCCAAACUGCGAAGCAACAACAACUUCUUGUAA